UCCACCACCGCCAUCUUGUCUCCCUCGUCGGAUAUUGCAUCGCCGGCGACCGGAAGAUGUUGGUUUACGAAUUUGUCCCUAAUAACAACCUCGAAUUCCACCUUCACGGAAAGGGGCGGGCACCGAUGGACUGGGCGACCAGGAUCAAAAUUGCUUUGGGCUCUGCGAAGGGCCUGGCCUAUCUCCACGAAGACUGUCAUCCUCGCAUCAUCCACAGAGACAUCAAGACUGCAAAUAUUCUCAUAGACAUGAGUUUCGAAGCUAAGGUGGCUGACUUCGGAUUGGCGAAGCUUAAUCAGGAUAAUUACACUCAUGUAUCCACUCGCGUCAUGGGCACAUUUGGAUACUUGGCUCCGGAGUACGCAUCAAGCGGGAAGCUAACGGAUAAAUCCGACGUGUUCUCAUAUGGCGUAAUGCUUUUGGAACUGAUAACCGGAAGACGACCGGUGGACCCGACCGGCGACAUGGAGGACAGCUUAGUGGACUGGUCGAGGCCUCUUUGCUUAAAAGCAAUAAAUGAUGGAAAGUACGAUGAAUUGGUGGACCCACGGCUGGAGAAGAACUACGAUGCCCAGGAAAUGACUUGUAUGGUCUCUUGCGCCGCUGCCUGCAUUCGCCACUCUGCCAGACGCCGUCCCAAAAUGAGCCAGGUCGUUCGGGCGCUGGAAGGCGACGUGUCGCUGGAGGACUUGAACGAGGGAGUGAAGCCAGGUCAGAGUUCGUACUUCGGGUCGGGCACGUCGUCGUCGGAGUACGACGCAAUCUCGUACAGCGCGGACAUGAAGAGGUUCCGGGAAGUCGCGUUAGACAGCCGCGAGUAUACGAGCAGCGAGUACGGCCUAAACCCAUCCUCCACCAGCAGCGAAGCGAGCCGGAAGGCCAGCCACCUCUCCUCCCCCAAAUUACCGCCCUCCGACCCCUAAAUUUUGGGGGCCCUAACUCUCCUUUCGAUUAGCGGAAAGAAUUCUUCUUCUUCUUCUUCUUCUUCUUCUUCUUCUUCUUCUUCUUCUUGUUUUUCGAUUUGUCGAUCGUGUGGUUUUUUCUUCUUGUUGUUGUUAUUUUGAGAAUGGAUUGUCCAGUACGUGGUUUUAAGAGAACGAUGAUCGUCGUCGACAUUGCUGAAAGCUGGACCGGCGGAUCGAUGAACGUACGCUCCCGAUUUGUUUAAAAUCUUAGGAUGGGGCUCUCCCUGAGUUUGUAACAGUGACACACGUUAUUCAUUUUGUUCAAUGAAUCAUGUUGCGUGGAUGUUGGUUCGGUUGUUUAUCCUCUGUUUCGUCUUU